GUUCAAAUCACCUUAUAGCAGUCUGAGUUAAUAGGAAAUAAGCGCAAGAGAGUUGAAUAAACGCAUUAUAGGCAGUAUAGGGGCGUUGAGCUACAAGGUACGGAACAACCUAACCACCACCACAAACGGUUUGGUCAUUUGUGGAAGCGUCGCGAUGAUUGAGGAAACUAUAACAAAAAUCAUCCAUUUCGCCUACGACAACAAAAUUUGUGAUACCACCAACGUCGUGAACGUGGGCGACAAUCAUGGAGGAGGUUUCAGGACCGAGAUGUAUGGCCCUCGCUCUAACUCAAAGGUCUAUCCUAAAGAAGGCUACUCCAACUUUAACCACCGUCCUAAAGCCGACAACGCCAGAGAGAUUCAGAUUUCGCACUACGAAUUCGAUGGUCUCAAGGAGACGACCAAAUACCAGAUCAUAUUCGUAUACGACCGAACCAUGGGCCCAAAUACUCCUCCGGACAGAGCAGCCCUUGAUUCUCACUCCAGAAUUUGCCAGGCGUUACGUUUCCUUGGUGUCGGGAUAUUCGAAUAUAAUAAGAAUAGCCUUACAACCCCAGAGGCCCUACUCGCAAACUGGGUGCACGAGUGGAACAAGCUGGCCUUUAACUGGUACGAGGCGGAACCAGAAACUGCGAAAAGACUACAAGAACAGGCAUCCCGCCGCUGCUGGGGCCUCGAUGAACUAAUGGCCAUUACGGCGAUGUGGAUGCAGGGGAAGGACGAGGACAGGCUACUAGAGCCGGGGAGGAAACUAAUAAAGAUUGACGACGAGAACAGAUUGAAUUAAUAUAACGGGUUUCUCACGUAACGUCCAUCCUUACGUGCCGAAAAAACCGGUGUACCGAAAAAAAUAAUAGGUACUUUGACUUGAAGCAUCUUAAAAUCUGUG